UCGUCUCAGUUCCCUUGACAUGAUGUCGACGCUAACAUUUUUAGUAUUACUUAUUGGACUCGUGACUUUAUUAGAGGGUAAAUAUAGAUGUGACUACACAUACGAUGCUGCAGCUGGAGGGUACUUAAAACUCCAAAGAAUUCCAGCGAACUGGCGCGAGGCGAGGUUACGAUGCCAUCUCGAAGGUUCCAAACUAGCGUCACCGCUUAACGCAGAUCUUAGUGCUGCAAUGAGAAGGCUGAUGAAGGAAGAUGGGAUGAAAUGUGGUAUAUUCACUGGUAUACAUAGUACCUUUUCAAGAGGAGAUUUUCAUUCCGUUGAAGGAGUUCCUUUACCCAACAUCCCUCACAAAUGGGCUGAAGGUGAACCAGAUAACUACAACGAUAAAGAGAGCUGCAUCAUGAUGUUAGAAAAUGGAGAUAUAGCAGAUGUGACCUGUGAAGAGCCCUUGCCCUACGUGUGCUUCAAAAAGUCCUCCAAACGUUUGCAUGUCAAUGGAUGUGGUCUUACGGAUCCCGAAUAUGCAUUAGACAUUAGAACUGGUAGUUGCUACAAGUUCCAUAGGGUGCCACGUACUUGGUCACGAGCAUUCAUGACCUGCACAGCUGAAGGAGGACAGCUGGCCAUAAUCAAUAGUGAAACUGAAUCCACUGUAAUCAAAGAAAUAUUCGCUAAGAAUCCUCCCGCUUCUAUGCCAGGCAACUUUUGGAAAGAAGUCGCUUUUAUGGGCUUCCACGAUUGGGGGGAACACGGAGAGUUCUUGACAAUUGAAGGUGAUACUCUGACAGAGGCUGGCUUCGCUAAGUUCUCGCCAGGAGAACCGAACAACGCGACAACAGGGGAGUUCUGUGGAGCAGUCUACCGCAAUGGAAUGUACGAUGAUCUAUGGUGUGAAAAUAAAUACGCGUUCAUUUGUGAAAAGAGUCCAGACAGUUUGGCCUGUGAUGAUGAUUAGACGGAACAAUGUUGUACGCCUAAAAAAUCAACAAAAGAUCGAUUUUAGAAUCCUUGAAUAAAAAAUUCUAAAGACUUA